AUGGCUAUAUUCUCAUCUUUAGCCGGUUUCUUUAAGAGAAAUAAAAGGAGAAUUUUAAUAACUAGUGCAGUUACAUUAUCAGUUUAUUUAAUAGUUAAUGAAUUUGUUAUAAAGAAAUUUAGAAAUUAUCAAAAUGCAUUAAGGCAAGAACUAAUGUUCAAACAACAAAUUAAACAAAGAUUUAUUCAAACUCAACAAGAUUGUUAUUAUACAAUAUUAGCUUUACUUCCAGUUUUAGCUACUCCAAUUGUAGAUUCAUUACCAGUUGAAUUUAUAACACAAGCAUUAAGAUUGAAAAAAGGUCAACCCCAACAACAACCACCUCAACAACAAAUACCAAGUGGGUCAAAUAGUGAGUUAACUACUGAUAAUCUUAAUUUAUUAGAUAAUAAUAAUAAUCCGGAAUCAAAAUUAUCAAUAUAUAUGAAUAAAAGUAAAUUAGAAUUAUGGAACUUAUUAAAAAUUAAAACAAUAACUAGAACUUUAACAUUAAUUUAUUCAAUAUCUGGAUUAUUAUUAGUUACAAGAUUACAAUUAAAUGUAUUAGCAAGGAGAUCAUACUUAGAGUCUGCUAUAUUAAUGGCAGGUGUUAAAAACAACAAUAAUGAUUCGGAUCCUCAUGAGACUUAUUUGAUUGAACAAAGUUAUUUAUCAUUAAGUUGGUGGUUACUAAACAAAGGUUGGUUCAAUUUAAGUUCAUUAAUUGAAAAUAUAGUUAUCAAAAAAUUUGAAAAAAUCACUCCAAAAACAGAAUUAGGAAUAAUUGAAUUUGAAAUAUUAUUAAAUGAUAUCAUCAAUGAAAUAAAUACAAACAACAAAGAAUUAAUUUUAUCAAAUUUAUUCCCAAUAAAUUAUCAAGAUUUAUUAGAUACUAUUGUCAAUACAAACCCUGAUUUAAUUCAUUAUUUGGAUAUACCCGAUUCAAGUUUAAUCAAAUUAAUUAACGAAACAAAUAAUAUUAUGUUAGAUGGUAACUUAUACUUUUUCGAUUUAUUAAAUUCAUUAAUAUUAACAAAUUUAAAUACUUUAUCUUCAAAUUUAUCAGCAAAUUUAUCAAAUGUUUCAAAUAGUUUGGUUAUGAGUGGAAAUUUACCAGAUCAAAAGGGAGAAGAAAUUACAUCUCAAACCAAUAACAACAGUACUACAUUAACAUCAUCAAAAAUAGUAGAAUUACCAGAUAAAUCAUAUAAAUUAGCUAGUUUCUUAGCUCAAUUAUCAGUACAAAAUGGUAUAAUGAUAAAUAAUAAUGAAUCAAAAGAUGAAGAACAAGAUGAAUUUGAAAAUUUAAUGAAUAAUUUAAAUAAUUUUUCAGGUGGAAUAGAAACAGAAAAUUUCCAAUCAAAUAAUGAAUUAAAUGGUAAUAUUUAUGUUAAUACAAUGAAUCAAUUAGAUGAUUUAGAUGAUUUUAGUGCAGGUAUAUAUUCAAAUUUUGAAUAA